AUGUCCACUAUCCAGAACCUCCAAUCUUUCGACCCCUUUGCUGAUGCAACUAAGGGUGACGACUUACUCCCGGCAGGGACUGAGGAUUACAUUCAUAUAAGAAUCCAGCAACGGAACGGCAGGAAGACACUGACUACUGUUCAGGGCAUUGCGGAUGAUUAUGACAAAAAGAAACUUGUGAAAGCUUUCAAAAAGAAAUUUGCCUGUAAUGGUACUGUGAUUGAACAUCCGGAAUACGGAGAAGUUAUUCAGCUUCAAGGUGACCAAAGAAAAAACAUUUGCCAAUUUCUCUUGGAGGUUGGCAUUGUCAAGGAGGAACAGCUUAAGGUUCAUGGAUUCUAA